AUGGCUGAAGUAUUUGUGUCUGGUAUUAUAGCAUCCGCUAAGGGAUUCGGUGAUAAUCGACUAUCAAUUAGGUAUCAAUUGAGUCUUGGUGGCGGUUGGCGAGUUGUCCAAGGUGAGGCUGAGGGACAAACACAGACGGAUUGUCCGUCGGUUUUUGAGCACGCCUAUUUUGGACACCCACUCGAUUUGCAUCUGGCGACUAGCAGUAUUCAGGGUUGGCCCCGCCUCCUUCUGCAAGUGUGGCACCAUGAUGACUACGGUCGUCAGGAGAUUGCGGGUUACGGUACUUUGCUCCUUCCCACGUCACCAGGAAAACACGUGUUGACUUCUGGAUGUUGGCGUCCGAAAGGCAGUUGGAGGGAGGAGAUGAUGCAUAAAUUGGUUGGAGGUGGUCUGCAGCUAACCAGUCUAUCAGCCCUCGAAGACCCGUCAAUCCGUGAGAAAAUCGUGAGUGUCUCCGCCGGGACCGUCCGAUUCGAGCUGAAUGUGGUCACCAAGAAUUUUCAGAGAUAUGGAAUUUUGUGUUAG